GCUGGCCAGGAGCAGGGCAGGGCCGUCCUUCCUGGAACAGCCCUUCUGUGAACUGAGUCACAGCCAUGUGAGGUCCACCAUGCUCACAUCAGCACCCUGCCGCAGCACAGGACCAGCUUGGACCAGAGACCCCCACAUUUGACACCAUGGAUCCUUCCGACUGCGAGGACGCCCCAGGAAGCAGAACCUUCAUUGAGGAAGCCGCUGAGUAUCUGCAGCACACAUCCGGCCGGGAAGACCUGAGGCUGCUGCUGACUGAAGAUGGCGCCUGGGAGGCCUUUGUGGCUGAGGCUGAGCUGUCCAGAGCUGAUGCAGACACGCUACGUAACGCCCUCAAUGCGCUCACAGCAAACAUGGCUGUGGAAGACCAGGACAGGCUCCGCCGCGACCUGCAGGACGUGGAGAGGUUUAUGGAUGUGUUUCCCCAGGUGAAACUGGAGCUGGAGGGGCACAUCAGGAAGCUCCGCACCCUGGCUGACAAGGUUGACAAGGUUCAUAGGGACUGUACCAUCUCCAAGGUGGUGGCCGGCUCUACCAGCACUGUGUCUGGAGUCCUGACCCUCCUUGGUCUCACUCUGGUACCCGUGACAGCUGGGGUCAGUUUGGUGCUCUUAGCCACAGGGAUGGGCCUGGGAGCCGCGGCGGCUGUGACUAGUGUCUCCACUGGUAUUGUGGACUACACAAGUAAGUCAUCAGCCCAAAUGGAAGCCAGCCACCUGGUGUCAACCAGCAUGGUCAAAGUGAAGAUGGUCGCAGAGGCUGUGGUUCAUUCAGGACCCCAAGUCUUUUCCUUAUCUGAGAAUUGCUGCCGAGUCCUACGGUGCAUUGAGCAGAGCAUCUCUGCCAUCAAGCUCGCCAAAGCCAACCCUGCCUUAGCAGCUAGUGCCAAGCGCCUCCUGACCAUGGGGAGCACCUCUGCCCAAAGUGGUAAGCAUGUGAAGAAAGCCUUCAAAGGCACUGCCCUGGCAAUGAGCAGAAGAGCCCGGAUCAUGGGCAUAGCCACUGCAGGCGUGUCCCUCAUUGGGGAUGUGAUUAGCCUUGCGAAAGAAUCCAAGAACUUGCAUAAGGGUGCAAAAGCAAAGUCGGCCGAGGAGUUGAGGCAGCAGGCUCAGGAGCUGGAGGAGAAAUUGGAGGUGCUCAUCCAGAUCUAUGACGGUUUGCAGUCAGGCUCAACUCGGUAACGUGCUUCCUCCCCCAGAGCAGUGCAGGAGAUGGGGAGGUGUGCUGGAUGGAGACCAAAGCGUUUUUGUGAGAGGGAAUCAGAUCAAAGAAGUUCAGGACUUAGGCAUUUGUUCUUUUCAAAACACUUUGUUGUGGUUUUCUUUAUAUGUAUAUGUGUGUAUCUGAGAAUGUGGGUGUAGGUGCCCUCUGAGACCAGAAGAGGGCAUCAGAUCGCCCAGAGCUGGAGUUACAGGAGAUUGUGAACUGCCUGAUGUAGGUACUGGGAACUGAAUUCAUGCCCUUGGCAGGGCAGCCAGUACUCUUAACUGCAGAGCCACCUUUCCAGCCAGAGUUUGACAUUUUCUCUAGCUGAGUACUGUAAGAUUAGUGCUGGCAGCUAAUGGAGUAAAGGGGGAAAGAAUGGGGGUCUGAAACAAGGGAUCAGAGGGGGCUAGGGAGUGCGGGGGUGGGAGGGAGCAGUCUGUUUGGAGUAAAGCGCUUUGGAGGCUUGAAUGAAGAGGGUUGCGCAGGAGCAAGCAAGGAGGAAGCAGGGAGUCUGACAAACUGGGAAUAGGAGAAAGUCAGAGGGAGAAUUCUGGCUGUGGAAGAGCCACGGUGACUUCUUAGGAUGGCAGUGGUGGUAGUCACAGGUGGGGGUGAUGGCAGAAUGGGCAAAACAGUUGUCAAGGGUACCCUCAAGGACCAGUGAAAUUCCAUUGACACUCUCUAGGGUGUGCCGGGAUGGUGUGAUUGAUUUAGGGCUGGGGAGUGACCCAGAUUGGACUGACAGGUCAAGAGACUUUGUGGUGUGUUGAGAGCAGCCAGACUGUGGUCAAGAGACAUGCCUUCUCAGAGACACAACUUCCUUACGAGUUGGGGUAGGGUUGGGGGGAUGAUGGACAAGACCUCCUCUCUGCUCAUCUUCCUCUUCCAUCUUGUGUUCUAUAUAGACUUUAGCUCAAUGAAUAUUAGCCAAUUAGUCUAGAAAAAUGGGGCCUCCCAGACUGAAGGUUCCAAAGUCAUAUGUGAGGAAAACAAAACACUAGAUGGAGCAUGUUUCAGGAUGUGAGAUCGGAGAGCAUCUGCCCUCAUCCUAACCAUCUACCUGCUAGAUCCACAGCCCCUUCCAUGAGGAAAUGUGCUCAGUCCUAGGGUAGAGCACAGCCUUGUAGGAGGCACAGAGGUUCUUCUGCUCACAGAUAAGCACCAGGGGAACCAGGAAGGUUAGCAAUAGGGUUGAUCCUUCAAAGGAAGGGAUGCAGAAUCUGUUAUCUGCCCAGAAGAUUGGGGGCAGACAUGGUUCAUAGUUUCGUGACCUUUUGUUCUAUUUUUGUGUCUAAGACCACACCAGAUCCUCCCUCUAGAUCCUUACUGUGAACUUGUCUACGUAUAGAACCCAUCUCUAUGAAAGACGUCACUUGUACAGAAAGAGUUUGAUGUAGUCAUGUCUUAGGCUUUAUCGCUCACACAGGAUUGAGUUAAUCAUCACCACAAAAGUGUUCACCAGUUUGUGGCAUUCUUCAAUAUGCCUAAAAUAAACUACUUGGGGAUCAGACUCCUGAAAUUUGAACCAA